UCAUGGAGGUCCUCAGGUCAACAUUUCUAGAGAAGCUCCCAGAAGUAAAGAGUGCAAUUGACAAUGCUGCUUACAUUGCCAUUGAUACCGAGCUAACAGGCUUGUGUCGACCGAUCAAUAGCUACCGCACUACCGACGACGUUGCCGCCCGAUACGAAAAAGUGAGCCAAAGCUCUCGAGAGUUUUCCAUCAUUCAAUUUGGAUUAGCAUGUUUCAACUGGGACGCCGAAAGCCAAGCAUAUGUUGCCAGACCUUUCAAUUUCUACAUUUUCCCAAAUGGAGAACCCCGUGAAGCUGGCGAACGAUUCUUCACAUGCAGCUCGUCUAGUUUGACAUUUCUGAUGGAGUGUAAUUUUGAUUUCAACAAAAUGAUCAAAGAGGGCAUUUCUUAUCUCACUGACGAUGAGGCUGAAUCACACUUGGAGCGAAUCAACGUUGCGCGAGUUAAGGAAGAUAUUGUCAUAACCGAUCAAAAUCGAUCAUUUUUCGAAGCGACGAGAGCUGCCAUCGAUGAAUGGUUGCAAACUCAAGCCAGUAAGACUAUAAACAUUGAGACGCCAAACAGCUACCUGAAGAGAUUAGUGUAUCAAAUCAUAAGUGAAGAAAAAUACAAUGGGUUUCUCGCUGCCAAGUCCUUAGAUAAGCGUCAAAUGCAAAUUCGCAAACUCACAGAGGAAAGCCGAAAAUCUCGCUCAAACCUGGAUCAAAAGGCAUUACUGGAGAUCAACUUUUGUACAGUCAUAGAAUACAUCAAAAAUGCAAGCUGUCCUCUUAUUGGACAUAACUGCCUUCUUGAUAUUUGCCAGAUCAUAUCCCAAUUCUGCCAGCGGCUGCCUGACGAUGUCCAAGAGUGGAAAUCACUUGUGCAAAAAAGCUUUAAACGGGUCAUCGAUACCAAACAUCUUUCCAACCAUCCGAAAAUUAAGGAAUUUUUGCCCUCAACAGCUCUCGGGCCGCUGUACGAAAACAUGGCCAGAGAUCCAUUCAAAAGCCAUGGUCCCAAAAUAAUUCUCCACAAGGACUUUAAUAGAUACAGUCUGGAUGACAAUAGCGAUGACAUUGCUCACGAGGCAGGCUUCGAUGCGCUAAUGACCGGUGUUGUCUAUCUGCGUAUGGCGUAUUACAUUUUGCGUAAUGAAGUGAAGGAACAUAAGGAAAGGAUAUCAGGUGUGCCAGCAUUUAAUGCAGUAUCUGCAGGCCCAACUGCAUUGGAACCAUUUGCGAUACGCGAAUCAGAAGCGUUGGAUACCAUGGAAGGUGAUACAGAUAUCUCGGCGACGGUCAGGCUUGUUGAUACUGGAGUUCUACCGACAUCACCGUCAUUAUCGUCUUUAUCGGAGGAGGGAGAAUAUGAUGAUGACCAGGCGGCGGCUUUAGAGGGUAUCGGUGCAGAUGGCGACCCGAGCCAACUACUCAACACAUGUACAACUAUUACUGACUUUUACGACAAGCUGCAUUUAAUGAGAUGCGAACUCUACUUUAUCGACCUUAAAGGAGAAAGUGAAGUACCUAAAGUGCGAAAAAAUGUAUUCUAUCUGCGUAAUAUUCCAACUGGCAUGACUACGUAUGGUCUCGAGUUACUUUACGGAGAUCUUUGUCCUGUUUCAAUCCACUGGAAGACAAAUGCAACUGCCUUGCUUACUGUCAAACAUGAAAACCGAGUGGAACUUGCCAAGCCUGGUUUGCUAGGACUGGAGGUUCUGAAACCGUUCAUGGAGGACGACACUAAGUUUUCUAUCGCCAGUAAUAAUGGGAUCACACUGGAAGCGGCAAACAUUGAAAUGCUGACUUCCCAAGAAUAUCAUGAUUUGCAUCGGGCACACGGUACAGUCAGCCAUCGAAAUGGCAACAUCACACCAGUCCACCAAACGGUUACAACCCCUGAGAUUUCGUCGCCUGUUGCAACGGGUGGGACGAGCUAUGACGAUCUUGAUUUCGAAAUACCAGCUUCGCUACAACAAAGCCAUACGCAGGUGGCAGCUGAGGUCAAGGUUUCGGCUAAACGAGGUUACGUUGAUUUGGAUACCCCAGUAUCAUCUGAUGCACAUGUAGCCAAAAAGCAGCAUAGAUAGAGGGUCAAGGCAAAUAAAAUUUGGUUUUAAAAAAAAAAAAAAAGCCGCUGUUU